AUGCAUGUCCCCAAUGGUGACCCCUUACUCGUGCAUUUGAUGAUGUUGCUUGAGGUACGGUCUCAGGAAGUGUUUGUAGAAGGGAGGUUUCGAUUUGAGAUACAGGGGGUGCAGUUGAAAUUUGGUGAAACAAAGUAUAUUUUGAUAAGUGGGUUAAGAGUUGGUCCUUAUGUAGAUUUACUCCAUGAAGAAAGAGGCCACUCAAAUUCAAAUCUUUGGGUUCGGUUGUUCCCAAACAUUACAGAUGCAACUUUGCGGGUCAAACAUCUAACAGAGUACAUUAUGUCUCCACAACAUAUGCGACUUCAUGAUGCAGAUGCAAUACUGCUUAUCCAACUUGUUUUUAUGUUGAAAGGUCUCCACGGACAAGACGUGAAAACGAGCAUUUCCACAGCAGUAUAUAAGCUUGUAGAUAAUAUAUGUGAUUGGAACAGGUUUCCAUGGGGUACGUAUUUUUGGAGUUAUACUUCGAAGUUGAUGCAUGGAAUGUUUGAGAAAAUUGAAAAUUUUAGACUAUUUAAGGAAACCAAUCCUGAGUCGAAGAAAACACAUAAGUAUACCGUUGUUGGUUUUAUGCUUCCAUUUAAGGUUAGUUUCAUCUGGAAUUUUCAAUAA